GCCCAACCGCUUGGACGCCAGCCCGCCGCCGCCGCACGCCCGUCCGCUCUAACGCCCGCCCGCCGCCGCCAGCCCGUCCUGGUCCUUCGCCCGGCGGCCGGCGCCCCUUCCGGCGACGCCCGCUGAGAUGGACAGCAGCAGCCUCAAGUCCGCGCAGCUCCUGGAGCAGAGGCGCCUCCACAUGGCCACCGACGCCGGCAAGGAGCUCAUCAAGAAGGUCGGCCUUGUCUACCAGCUCAACAUCGCUCCCAAGAAGCUCGGCGUUGACGAGGAGAUCUUCGUGGGCGAGGUCACCAAAGGUCCCUACCAGGGGAAGCCAGAUGCUACCUUUUUCUUUCAUGACAAUGAUUUCCUUGGAAUCACCAGCGGCAAGACGAACCCGCAGAUUGCGUUUAUCCGAGGAGCUAUUAAGAUCAAGGGGAGCGCUUGCUCCGUGGCUCCGCUUGAUGCACCACCCACUAGAUCAGCGUUCUUGAAUCCGGAAGGCCACAAAUUCUAGGAUGAGAUUUCUUUCAGCUUGCCUGCAAUGUGAAACCAUGCUGCAAAUCUGAAUGUUUUUUUUUUGGUGAUCAGGGGAGCAUACUACAUACUGAUGAGAAUUGUGGAUUUGCAGGCACCACCACAAUGGCUGGUGGGAGGCCAGAAUUGGCUAUUCUAAUGGUAAGAAAUACCUCUACUUGGGUAUAUUCAGUAUCUCUCUUUCCUUGGCCUUCAACUGCAUUUUGCUACUGAUCUCAAGAAACCACAUUUUUGUUACAAAAUCAUUGCUCCUGCUCCAUGCAUGCUCACCAUAUGCUUGAUGAAAUGCUCGCAAGGGCCAUCAUACACGCAAUCAUGGUAAGUUUUGUUAUCUUCAUGAAUAGGAUCGACAGGAAUGACUAGAAUAUUUUGAUGGAGCAGAUGCAAUUUUUAUUUGUCAAAGUAGCUUCACUCCUAGGUCUACAAUAAUAGGUUUAUUAUUACUGGUGGUGGUCUUCAAGAAGGGAAAACAAGGUUCCUUGUGCUCACUAUUAUGUUUUUUGACAUGCAACUUAUUACUUAUUUAAUUAUGAUUCUCUAAUAUUUAUUGUCCUAACAUGAAUUUCGUUCCAUCGUCAGCCUAAGCACCUCAAUGAACUGCUCUGUUCUAACUGCUCAGCAGCGGCAGCAGCUCUUGGACCUAUUUUAUUUUUCCGUGGUUCGGUUUUCAAAAUUCCAACAACGUCUCAUCUGGUUUGCAUUUUUCUUCUUGAUAUUGGCUUUCAGGUUCUGUAACAUUUUGAUUGCAACAACUUGGCUUUCUCUCCCUGAUUACACAGGCAAGCCCACCACGGCAAGGACAUCAAGCUUGCACAGGUAACAGUGGGUGUCAUUUGAUGUAACAGUGCAGUAGUCUUUGAUUGCCUAUUAUUUUGUUUAAGUAAUUCCUUGAGUGAUCUUCUGAUGAAUGAUUAGCUUAAUCAAUUAGUGUUCUUGCCAGCUCCUAGCAAAGCUAGCUCAUAUGUUUUCUCAGUUAUACAUUAUAAAUUCUUCCUUGCAUGUUAAUCCCUUUGCUUGGUCAAUUAGGACUUGGUUGCUGUGGGUGACAGACUGUAGCUUAAUUUGCCACAGCGUAACUCUAGCAUAAUACUGUAGCUUGUCGGCUGCACAGAAAGCAUGCAUGGGUGAUCUCAGUAGCAAGGCUCUAUCAUCAGCAUACCAACAGUUUAGUAGCUUGUCUCUCUUUUUGCUUUUUAUAGCAAAAAAUCAUUAUCCUGGAUGUUUAAUUCCUAUUCAUGUUGGUUGACAGUGAGUUAUACUACAGCAGCAGUAUUCCCAGUUUAAGACAAUUUAAGAUGUUAACUAAAUUUUCCCUUAGCAAUCUGAAUGCCUCUUGAAGUCUUGGUUCACUUAUGAUUGGGAUUCGGAGAUGGUGCAAGGUGGAAUCUUAGUCAGAGUUUGACUUUCUGGGAGGCCGAUGCUAAUGAGUUGUGUUAUAGCAUAAGUGAAGGUUUGGUUUGUCCACCCGUCUGGCUAUUUUUGCAUCGCUGUUACUGCAGUUAUUAUUUCAGUUAACUAGCUAAAGGGAUCUUGUUGUAAAAACUGACACUGAGGUGCGCUCCCCUGGCGGCGGUGGCGGCGCCAGGCCAGUUGGUUUUUUUUGCCUUUUCCGUUUCUUUUUUCCAAAAAAAAUUCUCUAAUUUUGUUUCUAGAUUUUUUCCAUGAAAUCUUUGUGACAAUUUUGCUCACAAAUUUUUGUUUCAAAUUUUUUAGAAUUUCCGGAACAUAUCUUUCCUAAAUUUCCUUAAAACUUUUUUCCCAAAUUUUUCCUAUAGUUUUGUUCCGAUUUUUUCACAAAUUUUUUCUACAAAAGUUCGGUCACAAACUUUUGAAUGAAAAUAAUUUUGUACGGAAAUUUUGUGUAUAGAUUUAUGUGUAAAAGUUUAUAUAUAUUUUUUCUCGUGAUUUGAAAAGUGGACGUGAAAGGACCGAGGGUGAAGGAUGGAGGUGCACGUGGGCAUGGACCGAUGGUGAAGGAUGGAGGUGCACGUGGGCAUGGACCAGCGGAUUGACCGGACGGAAGGCUCCAUCGGCUCGUCCGUAGAUUAGCUAUGCCCCCAAUCAAGCCUGGACAAUUUGUUCACAGUUACAAUUUUAGUAGUGAAGAAAUUAUGUGGCACUACAGACUAGAUAUUAGUGACUAAAGUUUCAUCACUAUAUGAAUUCACUGUGUCAAUGCUUCUUCUCACUAUUUUAUUAUGAAAGUAGUGAAUCACCACAA